AAAUCAUUUCAGUUUAUUUUGUUUUGUUUGAAUGAGAUUUUAGGUUGAGGCGAAUGGGACCCAGACGCUUAGAGUCAUUUCGUAAGUGAGUAUAAUAUGAUGUCAUCCACAGUCAUUGCUGCUCGUGCGUGUAUGAGGCCGGAAACAAAGUUUUGACAAAGAUUUAAUCCAUCGUAUUUGUCUGCUCUGCUGUUGGAUUAAAUGCGUUACGGAUGAUGUCAUUGUUCACUAUGACAGAAGGCUUUGCUGAAAAUCUGCUGAGUCUGCUGUUCUCUUACAGUAGCCACCGAAAACCUAGUUUCUUUAUCUAUCUAUCUAUCUAUCUAUCUAUCUAUCUAUCUAUCUAUCUAUCUAUCUAUCUAUCUAUCUAUCUAUCUAUCGACAUUUGUUGUGGAUUAAAUUAAUAUCUUUAGUCUCCUAAUACUCACAGCGUGUCUGAACAUCUAGUCUUUUUUUUAAGUGUACAUGAGAAUCCAGAAAUAAAUGUGUUGUCGGUGCUCAUAAAGCACAAGGAAAAUGUAAAGUCAUCAAAAUGCGUACAACUGGAAAAUAUAAUAAAAGCAACGUUUCUUAAUAAGUCCCCACUAAAAACUAAGAUGAGAUGUGUUUAAGGACCCCACUACUAACUCCUCAGACACCAAGUUUAGUCCAUUACUGUGAGAACGUCACUCACGUUAAGUGUGAGGUUGGAGGUUAACCUAAACUGUAGCCAGACUUUUAUACAGUAUGUUAAGAACUGAGGAAAUACUGAAAGUGGGUCAUUUGGUCAGAGGAGACAAGAUUGGAUCGUUUUAGCCAAUGAGAGGUUGGGGUUUUUUGUAAGGGAGAAACAUUGGACCCAAUGAACAUUGUCCUCAUAAUAUAUUGCCUUUUAACACAGUGAUUCUUCACCAUUAUCACUGACGUACCCUCACUGACGUGAAAUUUCAGACAACACAGCCCAGACUAAAGCUUUUUAGAUGGGAAAAAAUGACACAUUUAAAAACUAUUCCUAUAAAUGAAACUUAUUUUUUUUAAUACUGUCGAAGUUUGGCCUGCUCUGGCAGGACUUCUGUCUGUCUUUUUAUUGGCUUUGCAGCUAUGCUUUACCCAUGACUCCAUUACAGAGUUAUCAAGACUGAAGUGAUUGACAGGUGGCAAUGGACGAUCUAUCUAUCUGUCUGUCUGUCUGUCUGUCUGUCUGUCUGUCUGUCUGUCUGUCUGUCUGUCUGUCUGUCUGUCUGUCUGUCUGUCUGUCUGUCUGUCUGUCUGUCUGUCUGUCUGUCUGUCUGUCUGUCUGUCUAUCUGUCUGUCUGUCUAUCUAUCUAUCUAUCUAUCUGUCUGUCGGUCGUUUCAUCAUGUCUGGAUAUUUAAAUGUAUGACUUCAGCUGAGUCUGUAACUCACCUAAACUUUAACUAAUCUUUUUUCAUCUAUACUGUAUAAUACUGUUGUGAACUAAUUCUGUUGUAUAACACACAAACCAGGCUAGGCGCGCAUUCAUGCACGCAGGCAGGCACACUCACACACACACUCAUAUACAGACACGCACUGAUGAAGUCAUCUUGCCUAGGGUUGGAAAAUGGGGGUUGAGGCAGGUUCAAACCUGUCAGGAGUAAAGGCCUAAAGUGCUGCCCUCCCUCUGUCACCUCCCACUCUCAUUCCUUCUCUCCCUCUCUCUCUCUCUCACUCACUCAUUUUCUUUCUGUCCCAUCCGUUGUGUCACCCCUCCCCACCCCUCUGAUGCUCUUUCUUUCCCUCUCUCAUCGUCUAUCUCUCUUUCUAUCUCACUGCCACUUGCCCUUUCCAUUCCCUUCCCCAUCACCCAAAUGCAACACACACACACAUAUGCACACACACACAUAUGUACGCACACUUUCCAUUCCUUAUGGAAGCAUGUACUUUUGGCUACUCUUUCCACACUUCUUUCUUUAGCUUCUAUUCUUCCACAUAACACCAUUGCCAACUUUCUUCUCAUGCAAACUCAAAGUUUCAGAGCUUGUAUGUACCUGCCAAUAUGUAUCCAAAACAAAUAUGAAAAAAAAAAAAAUCAAAACAUCCUGUUAUGAUUGAAAACAAAUCUCUUCUUUCUCAUCCCUCCCUAAGUCAAGAAAAUACAAAUGUGUCUAGGGUCAACCCAAAUGAUCAAAUACGCUCAUCUUGUGACACACAGGAGUAAACUGGAGGUCAAAGAGUCAGUGGGUUUCUCCCUUUCUUCUCUACGGUGCACUUUAAAUGAGUCAUAACUGCCCCACAUCACUGGUUUAGUACCUGUGCUGAAGACACGUUUGGGUCAAACCAGGGUUAGAGAACAGCAGGAAGGUCUAAAGUUGUGUUGAUAUUUUUAUCCUGACAGGACUUUCAUGUUCUGCAUUGCAUGUAUGCAUCAUUUUAUCACACCUGUAUUAUUCAUCGGGUGAAGGUCAAAUGGUUGGCUCAUAGGAUUGCACAACACUUACUACCUGGUUGAGAAAAUAGGCAGAGGUUGUAGCAAAAUGAAACUGGGAAUUAGAAUUGAAAAGCACAUUAGAGAGGCCAUUAAAGCCCCAGAAAUGGUCCUGUCAGGGUCUGAGUGGAAAAUUAGAUUAUUCUAGAUUGAACUUCGUUGAUAUAUCCAUCAGGUCAACCUUGCUCUCAGUAUGUUGAGCAUGUGGCUUCAAUAGAAUAAAAUAGUUACUUUACAGGGAAAAAAAAGUGUUUUUCCAAGUCAAGUCAAGGGGUACAAUAUAGAUGACUGGAGAAAAGCUUAAAAAAACAGCUAAAAGAUGAAUGAAAACACCAAAUUAUAGUCAGCCAUUUAUUUAAUCUGCCCUCGAAUUCAUCCAAAGUGCACCUUAAACCAAUUCCCGGAGGCAAAAAUAAUGUUGUUGUAACUUUAUUUUAGUUACACAAAAAAACACAAGUGCAUCGAAUGUAUUAUAGUUUGUCUUGAUAAGAAUGACUGCAAUCAAUGUUAUCAGUCUUUCUCAGACUUUUACACUCCCACUGGCUCCAAUGGGAUCAUUGUUGUGUCUCAUGAUAAAAUAGUCCUCAUCUCUGACAUCUGCCUUGUAACACAUUGCUUUCUCAGUGCUUCCUCUGCCAGAUGCGAUGAAAGGAGGAUAAGUUUAUCACAUACGUUGUGUGGUACAUUCAGCUGAGCUGUUUCCCUGGAUCCUGUUUAAAAUAGAAGGGAAAAUUGGAAAACCCCAAGCCAUUCCCUAAAUGGAAUUAUUAGACAUUAAAUGCAACACAAACAGUGAUAUUGUGGGAUAACUUUUUCUGUUUUUUCAGGUUUGUGGAUGACAUGAAUGACAAACAGGACAGGCCUUAUGUAUGCGGCGCUCCUGGCUGCUCUCAGAGCUUCCAGCUAGAGGAGCACCUGAUAAUCCACAGACACAAGCAUGAGAUGACCCUCAAAUUCCCCUCCAUCAAAACAGACUCCACUUUCACAGACCAGACACCAACUCCGACUCGCUUCCUGCAGAACUGUGAAGAGGUCGGUCUGUUCAAAGAGAUAGAGGAGGAGUUCCUACAAGCUGAGGAGGAGGAGAAAAGCAAACAGACGCUUUCCCACAAUGGCCCGUCCUGUAUGAACCAGCACCAGCUCAAACCCCAGCUUCAGCUCCAGCACCCGCCCCAGCCCCAGCACCCGCAUCCCCAGCCUCCUCUGCACCAUCCCCAAACCCAUGCUCUGCAGCACCCCCAGUGUCACGGCCCCAUGAUGGGCCCCAGCUGCAGCCAGGCUGCCCAGCAAACCCUGUCCUGUUCCCAGUCUGGAUCAGUCAUCACUCAGGCUUCAUCCACGCUCACACAUGUCGGUCCAGUUCCUGGGCCAGUGUCCUCUCUUCUCCACAUGAGGCACAGGCACAGACACCCAAUGCCCGCCUCCUUACCUGGAACCCUGCCUGAUCCAGCCAUGCAGGGGGCAUCAGCCCAGCACAUGCCUAUAGAGAAGCAGAUGUCUUGUCUUAUGGGUAUCCCAGGUCCUGUCCACAGCGCCCCCUGCUCCUCACCACAGAGGUCCAAACCGACGCUGGGCCAUUUCCCACAGCACCAACCUAGAAUGGUUAGCAUCAACAACCCCACCGCGUCUAUGGGUCACGUGAUGGACAUGAUGUCACAGUGCCAUCAGCCGCCUCCUUCACUGCAACACCACCAUCCUCAUCCUCACCCUCCUCCUCCUCAUCACCUUCAUCAUCAUCAUCACCACUCACAAGUUCCGGCUCCACCCCUUCCCUACCAGCAGCCAUGCCGAGCUGCUCCUGCGCAGCACGCGGCCAACUCGCAGAGUCACCAAAUCCAGUCGUCAGGGAACGUACAGCACGCUCAGGCUCACCGCUCGCCGCCUCCCCGCCUGCACCAGGCUUCACCUCCUGCACCUCCACGGCCUGCUCCAGCACAGUUAUCUCCAGUCCCACAGCAGAUGCAGCCCUCACAGCCGCCCCACUCCCAGCACGCACUGCAAGCAGUCGGCAGCUGCAGCGGUGGGGGCAUACGGGAAGGUGGAUGCAGCAACCGACGCAGGAGGACAACGGACCAGGACCCCGACGAGCGCAGGCAGAAGUUUCUGGAACGCAACCGUGCCGCAGCCACGCGCUGCAGACAGAAGAGAAAGCUGUGGGUGUCGUCGCUGGAGAAGAAAGCUGAAGAGCUGACGCAUACAAACCUGCAGCUACAGAACGAGGUGACAUCACUCAGGUCGGAGGUGGGUCAGCUGAAGCAGAUUCUGCUCACCCACAAAGACUGUCCUGUCACCACCCGGCAGAGAGAGACACAGGGUUACCCCACUGCAGGGGUGAGCCCGGGAGGAAGUCCCACUCCUGCAGGACCUGGCUCUCAUCUGCAGGCCAUUCAACACAACAGCAUCUCCACGUCCUCGGCGUCUGCGGGGGACGUUGGCCAUGACCUGCGGCCUGGACACUAGUCUUCAUCACCCACAGAGAAGGUUGUGGCUGAAGGGAAAUAGGACUGAAAUGUUGUUCUGUCACAGUUACAGCAAAGACUCAGCCAACUGUGAAACCAACUAUUGUGACCUUGACCUCGUCUAAAUGGACAAAAAAAUGUCAUGCAGUUAAAGUCAUAUUUGUAAGCCUUCACUACGGGUUUCCCCGGUGCAUUUAUACAGAGAAAUAAAUUCAAAAACAUCAUCGCCAUGGACAAAAGUAUUAAGAAGAAGGAAGAACAAAUCUAUUUUUUUCCCCCAUAGGAAUUCUCUAAACUUCUCAACCACCAAUCAUAGUGCAGGAUUUAAGGCGCAUCUUCACAAAAUUAUCACAAUAUUCCCAAGUGUCAAGAAGAGGAGCAAAAACGUAUCUUUAAGGAGUUCAAAGAGCUCCGUGCUAAAGGUUCCAAAAUCUUCCAAAAGAGAUGUGUGAAGAGAGAAACUGAAAUUUGGAGAAGGAGGGGAGAAAACUGCUCAAAACUUAGAACAAAACUGUGGAGGCGGUGAAAUCCUGCCAGGAUGUUUGAAAUUCAGCCAGAGUUGUGUUGAAAAAAGUCCGAGUAUUUGCACUGGGGAAACAAUUUCAAGAGAAUUCAUUUUCUCUGGGUGUGUCUUAAAUUGUACAUCCACAUCAAAUCUGAACAGUUCAGAACAACCCUCUCAGACAUACAGUUAAUGAGAGGAGGAAAGAGAGAGAGAGUUUAACAUCCAUAACCGGCACAAACACACGCUUUUGCUAAAGGUUUGCUCUAAAAACUGUGAUGUUCGUAGCGGCCGCUUCCUGUUUUUGUUUUUAAAAAAGAAAUGGUCUUAUGUGUCUGUGUCUGCAGCCCGCGCACACACGUCACUCAGUGGAUGAUUCAGUCUUUUGCUAUUAUGUCUUGCACUAACUCGGAGCAGCUCACCUUAUGCCUUCUCUCUGAAUCAGUCAGCUUUUUAAAACGGUAUUUUUCUACAUGUGACUAACAGGAGGACAUAAUUAAAGAUAACGUUUAUUUUAGGGUGUGAGAUCACACCGACUCCAUACUGAGUAAUAAAAACUGCACUUCAUUGCUCAGGCCCUGACAGUGUUAACUUACACUUUGGACUUUUUUGUACACUGCAAACGGCAACGGCAAUCGCUGUAAAUGUACUGCUAAAAAAAUAAAAACUGCACCUAUUCUGGUAUUUUCCU